GUAAAGUUACAGCAGAAGAGAAAGUCAAAGCACAGCUGAAGACGGGAUUCUGCUUCUGGUUCAUUUGAUACUCUGAAACUGAAAUGUCGACUGUCGGAGCCAUGAAUCCUUCAACGAUUGUCAUCCAGCUUCAGCCACUGACACAAACAGCAACUGUGACCAGUUCUUCUGUGCCUGUUCACAUACAGCAUGUAGCAGGAGUUUCACCUCUUCAAGGAAUUCAGCUCUUUCUGAGAGGCCAACCGAAAGCCCUCGGGACUGUCCAGAUAAUGAUCGGUGUGUUGACCUUGUUGUUGGUAUCUGUGUGUUCAGGUUUUAGAAAUUAUUUCUUCCUCAACACUUUCAUCUGGGGAUCUCUGAUAUACAUUACUGCAGGCUCGCUCUCCAUUGCUGCUGAAAACAAAAUUAAUUCACCAUCUGCUUUGUGUUUGGUGAGAGCUUCCCUCGUGAUGAACAUUUUCAGUGCUAUAGCUGCGGGCAUUGCUAUUUUUGUGCUUUCAGUAUUUUUGGCUUUAGGAUCCAUCCACAGUAACUGCACAGGCUCUUAUUGUAAUGAUUAUUGGUCUCUCUUCUUAGGAGUCAUUGGUGUGUUGCUGGUGUUCGCCAUCCUUGAGGUUUUCAUCUCCAUCUCCCUGUCUGCGUUUGCCUGUAAAGCCACCUCUUGCUGUAAACCUAAGAUUCCUGUGGACAACAACCCUUUAAUUCAACACCCUCCUGCAGAAAUCCCCCAACAGUACAUUCAAUGCCCUCAAGAAGUCCCAGAACCAUGCUUUCAACAUCCUCCUGCAGAAGCUCCCCCAGCGUACACUGAAGGCGAAUAAAUGUGAAUCAACAUGAAAAAACGGGGCAGCAUGACGAUUCUAGUUACCUGAACAUUGUGUAUCUGAUGUUAUAUCAUUAGACUAUGUGUUAUGUGUAAAAGGACUAUUAUAGGGGUGACGCGCUGGCGCAGUGGGAAGCACGAUUGCCCCUCACAAGAAGGUGUCUGGUUCCAGCCUCAGCUGUUUCUGUGUGGAGUUUGCAUGUUCUCCCCAUGUUGGCAUGGGUUUUCCCCACAAAUCCAAAGACAUGUGGUAUAGGUGAAUUGAGUAUGCUAAAAUUGGCCGUAGUGCAUAAGGUGUGUAUGGAUGUUUUUCAGUGAUGGGUUGCAGCUGGAAGGGCAUGCUCUGCAUAAAACAUAUGCUAAAUAAGUUGGCGACUAAAUGAAUAAAUUAAUCAUUAUUAUAAUCAUCUCCAUAGAUAUCACUGUGUAUUUGAUAUGCUCGACAUCCGUAUCUUUAUGUUUUGCCAUGACCUCUGUGUAUUUCAAAAUAAAAGUUAUUUGUUUG